CGUCGGCCCAUUAUGGCGGUUGAAUUGCACAAAACCGGCGUGGAAAAAUUAAAUGAAGCAAUGAAGGUGACGUGGUGGAAGCUGGAUCAUUCAGUUUCAACUGUAUUUUGUACCUACCACCAGUUUUCUCUCUAUUACUACUCCUCCCAAUUCAUCCUCCCUGUAAAAUUUAAAGCAGCAACGGCGGCAGCAGCAGCUACUGCCAAUUUACCACGUCGACAUGUCGGCAUCUCAUCGCCCAGCAACCACAAACCACAUCGCCGUUUUGGCAUUCCCUUUCGGAACUCACGCCUUGCCCCUUCUGGGUCUUGUCCGGAAGCUCUCCGAGGCAGCUCCACACGUGCGAUUUUCGUUUCUCAGCACUGCCAAAUCCAACGCUUCAACCUUCUCGGCCUGGGGAUCAAAUGAGGACGACAGGAUAAAGCGGAUUGACAUUGGCGACGGGUUGCCGGAAGGUUACGUGUUGGGGGAAAAGCAAGGGGACCUGAUGGAGCACUUCUUGGAAGGGGUUGCGGAGAGGUUUAAGAACGGAGUGGAGGCUGCGGCGAAGGAGAUGGGAGAGGGAAUCGGGUGUUUGAUUAGCGAUGCGUUCUACUGGUUUGUGGGAGAAAUGGCAGAAGAAAUGAAAGUGCCGUGGGUCGCGCUUUGGACGUCGGGGCCUCGGCCUCUGCUCGCGCAUCUCGACACGGAUGUCAUCAGAGAGCACAUCAAAUCUUCUGGAUCCAGAGAGAAACCCCUGGACUUCUUGCCGGGAUUCUCAGAAAUCCGGGUAGACGAUUUACCCGAAGAAGUCAUAACUGCGAGCCUAGACUCACCCUUCCCAAAAUUCCUAUAUAAAAUGGGCCAUCACCUUCCACGAGCCACCUCUGUUCUCAUAAACUGUUUCGAAGAAAUAGAUAAGGACAUACAAAGCCUACUAAACUCAAGACUCCCCAAUUACCUCAACAUUGGUCCACUCAGCAUGCUCGUACUAAUGCAGCAGCCUCCCUCCGACGACCAUGGUUGCUUACCCUGGCUCGAUAACCACCCACCAAACUCUGUAGUGUACAUAAGCUUCGGGGGGUUUCUAUGUCCGCCGCCGCAUGAACUAGCAGCGCUGGCAGAUGCCCUGCUGGAAAGUGGGAUUCCAUUCCUCUGGUCGUUUAGGGGCAAUGCAGAGGAAAGUUUGCCAAAGGGGCUUCGCGAAACGGGUAGUGGUAAAAUUGUUCCAUGGGCCCCUCAGGUGCAGGUAUUAAUGCAUUCUUCGGUUGGGGCGUUUGUGACUCAUGGCGGUUGGAAUUCGGUGUUGGAAAGCGUUGGAGGAGGCGUGCCGAUGAUUGGGCGGCCGUAUUUUGGGGACCAGAGGUUGAACGUGAAGACGGCGGAAAAUGUAUGGGGAAUUGGGGUGGCUCUAGAGGGAGGCGCGAUGACAAAAAGUGGGGUUUUGAAGGCGUUGGGACAAGUUUUGGGUAGCGAAGAGGGGAAAUUGAUGAGGGAGAAAGUUGGGAUUCUGCAGGCUUUGACUCAUAAAGCUGCUGAAUCCACCGGAGCUUCUUCUCGAAAUUUCAGCCGUUUCGUGGAGAUCGUAACCAAGUCUUAGGAGCAAAUAAUUCUAAUGAAUAAUUAGUUUGGUAGAAAUUAAUUUCAAUUUCCAAUUGUACGCUUCGUUUCCCACACACCAUAGUAAAUUUAAAAUCUGUCCGUGACUUCAUUUUGGUGUCUAUAUAUAUAUGUGGAGGAUCAUCCUGUUUGUUUGCAUCGGCAAGCCAAGUUGUAGCAGAGAAACGGCGAGAGAACGGUGAAAUUUUCGGUUUCUCAAACAUUAUCGAAUAUGGUAUUGGAUGGUCGGGCAAUCGCAACGGGGGCAGCCACUGUGACGAUGGCUGUGCUAGCUCCGUCUUCGGUUGUCUCUACGGUGUUGCUUAUUGCUAAUGUUGUGAACUCCAUAUCUUCUGUGUUGAGUAUUUUUGGACUUUGAUGAUCAAAUCUGUUGCGUCUGUUCCUUUCCUAUUUCUAUAAAUCUUAUUAGAAUUUUAUGUCUUUCUACUUGAACGCUUUGAAUUUCACUUCCACAUGUUAUUAGAUGAUGAUUUUGUAAUG